GUUCUCCUCCGGCUCUAGGAGUUCAGGAAGCGCCAAAGUUUGAAGGGGAAGCGGAGCGGCGCUGCUUGCGGUUAUUAGUGUGUUAUGAGCGCUGAGGAGCUCUGAGGGGUGCUGGGGGGGUCUCACACGCUCGGAAUGAGAGCAGCGCGGAUCUGCGGGGGGUUUAGUUUAGUUUAGCAGGGCGACGUUAGAGCUAGACUGGGUUUAUCUACUUUAUUAAACCUGAAAAAGUUAGCGUUAGCAUCUCGGCUAACAGACACACAUACACAGCGCUGCGGCUGUAAACAGGGAGCGGCGCUUCACUCCGACUGUUUACAGAGUUACCCGCUUUACUGAGGACUGAACUACAGGUUUGUGUAGUUAUUCGUGUAGAAAUGGCGCUGAACGCGUCAGUUAUUGUUCUGAGCGACAGCGACGACGACGACAACAACUGUACGACGGGCCUCGACGACUCUGUCCUAAUCAUAGAGGAGAGCGAGAGGAACCGAGCAGUGCCAGAAGUCCCAAAAAGCAGUGAAAUUCUGGAUGAAGAUGUGACAAUAACUUACUCACAGAAAGCACAUGUUCUUCCUCAUGCAAGAUAUGACUGUACUAUCCCAUUCUGUGCUACAGAGGGAGUUACUCUGGGGCCGGAGGAAAAUAACGCAGACUACUGUGAGCAGUGCUUCUGCUAUGUGUGUGAUGAACCGGCAUCACAGUGUAAGUUCUGGACAGUUCCCGGCUUUUGUCACUGCAACGCCCACAAGCGCAGUGUUCACUGGAAAUCUCUCAGAGACAAGAAUAUCCUGGGAUACCUCAGUGAGCUCAGCUUCCCCUUCAGUCCACAGGAUAUGGAUUCGGACCUCCAACGUGCCGAAGCCUCCCUACAGCAGUUUGCGUGCAGCCUGGCGUACCAGUACACAGCUUACUUGGCUGACUUUCAAAACAUAAACCAAACUAUCUGCCCUCACUCGACUGAUGGCAGAAGAGCAGAAUGUAGGACAUGCAAUGAACAGAAACAAAAAUCUAUACAAAACAGCUACCUUGGUGUGAUGGAACAUGUAUUUACAUAUCUGGAUGAGGCAAUGAAGCAUACUCCAAAGACCUGCGUCGUCAUGCUGCUCGGUGCAGUCAAGCUUUUCAUCUCACACAGAGCACCUGGAAAUUCACACUUGGCUGGUGUUGUGUCGGAUGUCGUACUGAGUUUGCUUUGGAGAGUAACCUCAAGGGUGCAGACGCUGUUCGUCAACUCAAAUUUUCCUGCCUCCUUCACAAAACAGUUGCAGCAGUUUUUUCUGGCUCUUCCUUUUCCACCUGAAUGCAGAUGGCUUAAAAACAGUGUAAACGUGCUUCCAUGGGACGACCCUUUGCUCUCGUCUGUGCUAAAGGGUCAGAAUGUCACCGGCGAGAGGCACACCAAAGGCAAAAAAACAGAGAUUCUCUUUGAAAGCAUUGUAGUGAUUCUAGCCAGAGUCUCCAUGCUUCAGCAUCAAAACAAGUACCGUGAACUGGCACGCUAUCUCAAAGUUGUUAAAAGUGACAGUGCAGCAGUGCUGCAGAUAAUGAAAGACUGGAUUCCUCUUUGUCUGUGUAAGGUUGGCAAUUUUGCCGGUGCAGUCGAUGCCUUGUUAUCCUCUAAGAGCGGCUCUUCAUUGGCUGCUUCUAGGCUCAGUCAACCCCAAUUUGCUGCUUAUCUCAGAAUACUGACUUCAGGCCAGGUACCAACACCGCGGCCCCCACAACUCGACUUCACUCCACGUUCUGGAGUCAUCCUGAAGAGCCAGCCAGACCCCUUGCUAAGCACUGAUUGGACGCCUGUCGGAGGAGAGUUCAACCCUCUGAGUCGACUGGAGGUUCUGAAAUUUGUUCUGAGAGUUCUGAACUGUAACACUGGAGUCUUUACACAUCCUGAAAGCUGGGUGAAAUUUAUGAAUAUGGCCAGUGCAUCCUCAGCUGGCCCAGAUGGCGUCAAGGAUGGAGUUGCUUUGGCAGAACCCGAUAUAAACUUUCUAUUAAGAACAAGAGAAAUUGCUGAUAAUAUUCUUACUGAACUCACUCGCUCCGCCCGCGUCCAGAUCCCUAAAACCUUUCAAGCGGAUUAUCCUGACCAGGCCCUAUUGCUGUUGGCCACUCAGGCUUUAGCAACACGUAUUCUCCACGCUCGGCUGUGCCCCAUCCUGAAGGUCAUCAUGACAUUUCAGCUUAAUCCAUGGGCGCUGCGUUGGCUGUUCUACAGUCUGACGGUGCGUUCUGGAGUGCUAGAUGAUCUGCUGUGUGUGGUCGUGGAGGAACUGAUGAAGGAACCACAAAACGCCUGCCUGCCAAAAGAGGACCGAUUGGGGCAGUCCUUCAUUGCUAGUUUCCUGUGCUUGUUCUUCCUGGAGCGCAGUGUAAUCCUCGAUCCCCACGAAUAUCCUGCAAGAACACUGCUUGCUGGUUGGAAUGAAUCACACCACCCCUGGCAGCACUUUCUCAGGAAACAGCUUGAGUUCAAUGUGGCUCUUCUGACCCCCGACAAACAAAGAAUCCUUCAUAUGAUUCGACAGAACCUACAGUGAUGUCACCUAGAGUUAUUCUCUCUCUCUCUGUUUCUCUCUCUGCACCAGCCAGUGUUGUGUAUAAAGUGUUCUUGGGCAGUGUUGAAAUUCAGAUGCAGUAAAUAUGACUCAGUUCUUUUUGAAAAGGCUAAUGCUGAAACGUUUAGUUUAUGUUCUUAUCUUUUUGUCACUAACACUUUAAGCUGCACUUUUGGGAAUAUUGUAUCCUUCAAAAGCGUUGGGAAUUAUUUGUAUUGAAAUUUUCUUUUUUAAAUAUAAAGAAGAAUAAAUAAACCAUGUUGCGGCUGCAGACCGCAGUGUUUA